AUGCCUUCAAGCAAGGGAAAGCCAACUGAUCCUAAACUUCGCGAGAAGGUGAAGGAAGAAGUGAAACAGGAAACAAACAAAGACGGAGGCGGCAAGGGCCAAUGGAGCGCAUGGAAAGCAGCCAAACUUUCCAAGGAGUACGAGAAGAAAGGAGGCGGAUAUGAGAAUGAAGCAGGCUCCAAAAAUGAGCCUACCAAGGGAACGCCGCAGCCCAAAUCAUCGACCAAGAAGAAGUCUGAGGAAAAGAAAGCCGAUAAAGAGCCCGAGAGCCCCUCUCCGGAUGACAAGAAGGAAGACGCGCAAGAACCGCCGCCGAGUGAGCAGAAGCCCAAGGCUAAUAGCAGCAAGAAGAAGGAUCAGGCCAGUGAUGCAAAGAAGGGCGCGGCCAAGACCGGUGCGGCUAAGAAGAGCAGUGCUGCGAAGCCUAAGAAGGAGCCGACGGAGGGAUCUCGGAAGAGCAGUAGGAUUUCUGAGAAGAGGAAGACAGAAGACGAUGCUAGUGAGCCAGCGAAGAAGCGGAAGUCGAAGUAG